UGGGCAACCUUCAGCAGCCCUGGUACAAAUGUACAAAAAAUAAAUAGAAUCAUCACGCAGAUAAAAAUUUGGGUGUUAAAAAGGCGUGAACAAAUUGUAAAGAAUUGAGGAAGUGAGUUCGAACAAUUAAAUAUGAAUUUAACGGAUCAAAAUCCGUACGGAAACGGCCUGCUCUAUGCUGGCUUUAACCAGGACCAGGGAUGCUUUGCCUGUGCCACAGAUACCGGAUUUCGGGUGUACAAUUGCGAUCCGCUGAAGGAAAAGGAACGUCAAUACUUUCCUGAAGGUGGUCUCAGCCAUGUGGAAAUGCUCUUUCGCUGCAAUUAUCUGGCGCUUGUUGGUGGAGGUAUUCGACCCCUGUAUCCGCCCAAUAAAGUGAUUGUCUGGGACGAUUUAAAGAAGUCGCCGGCCAUUUCAUUGGACUUUAAUCAGCCGGUGCGCGCUGUUCGCCUGAGACGGGAUCGAAUUGUCGUUGUGCUCGAGGGUGUAAUCAAGGUGUACACAUUCACACAGCAGCCACAACAGUUGCAUGUGUUUGAGACAAGCGCCAAUCCGAACGGACUAUGUGUGCUAUGUCCACAUAGCAAUAAAAGUCUACUUGCAUUCCCGGGUCGACGAACCGGUCAUGUACAAAUCGUUGAUCUUGCCAAUACGGAGCGUGCACCAUUGGAGGUGAUUGCUCAUGAGGCGGCAAUAAGUUGCAUUGCAUUAAAUUUGCAGGGCACCCGAUUGGCAACCGCCGGUGAAAAGGGCACACUUAUACGCAUAUUCGAUACGGAGAACGGGAAAAAGGUGUCAGAGCUGCGACGUGGCAGCAAUCAUGCCAACAUAUUUUGCAUUAAUUUCAAUCAUCAAUCGACUAUGAUUGUUGUGGCCUCUGAUCAUGGCACCAUACACGUCUUCAAUUUGGAGGGCAACAAGCAGCAGCAAUCAUCGCUUCCGAUUUUACCCAAGUAUUUCUCAAGUCAAUGGAGCUUUGUGAAAUUCUCCAUACCACAAGGACCUCGCUGUAUAUGUGCCUUUGGCGCCGAUUCCAAUUCGGUUGUGGCCAUUUGCGCUGAUGGUCAUUACUAUAAAUUCCUAUUCAAUAACAAGGGCGAAUGCAGUCGCGAUGUUUGCACGCAGUUCCUGGAGCUCCAGGAUGACGAAACUUAAAGUUGAACAAUUUUACUCUGUGACGGUUUGUCCUGUAUAUGCAUAUUAAUAUCUAUAUAUAUGAAAAAAUGUGUUAUACAAAAUUAUACUUAAGCAUGCUUUAAACAUAAAUACGUUACAAGUCGAAAGCUCUUGUCAAGGCA